GGAACAACGUGUUUCGCUACAACGCCACAUAACACAGUCCCGAGCCAGCUGAAUUAUAUGAAGUGAAAUGACUCCAUAAAGUUAAUUAUUGUGCAUAUUCAGUUUUAUUCUGGGAGUUGGUACAUUCUAUUGUCUGGGCUCGCUGACUGCAUAAUCCAGACUCACAAUCGAGAGAAGUGUAGGUUGACUUCCUAUGCUCACUUGGCAAAGUAUUGGGUACCUUUUACACUUUCCUCUGAGGACAUUCAAAACAGUCCUUAUCAAUGGCGAACACAAAAGAUCCUUUUGAGUUUCAAGAAUUUGAAGAGGCUGAGAGUCUGUUGGAAGAAACCAGGGAUGCCACCACGAUCAACAUUGAUGAUGUGAAUGAGUUUCGAAAACAGAGGAGACCAGGAAGGGAUGAAGUUGAGGAAGACCUGCUCGCCAAUGAUGACAAGGCAGAGCUUCUUUCCGGACAAAAGAAAAAUGCCCCAUUUUGGUCGUUUGACUACUAUCAGAAAUUCUUUGAUGUCGACACCUACCAGGUCAGGAGUCGAAUUAUUGGUUCAGUACUGCCAUGGCGGGGAAAGAACUUCAUUGAACUUUACGUCCGCAGAAAUCCUGACCUCUAUGGGCCCUUUUGGAUUUGUGCAACUCUCGUGUUUGCAAUUGCCAUCUGCGGAAACCUAUCCAAGUUCUUGGUGAACCUGGGCAGUCCCAACUACAAAUAUACAGCUGAGUUUGGGAAAGUGACUAUUGCGGCAACAGCGAUCUAUAGCUACGCCUGGCUUGUUCCUCUUGCCCUCUGGGGAUUCUUGCUCUGGCGAAACAGCAAAGUGAUGAACCUGGUUACCUAUUCCUUCAUGGAAAUAGUCUGUGCUUAUGGAUAUUCCCUGUCCAUUUACAUUCCUGCAGUGGUGCUCUGGAUCAUUCCGUCAGAAGGACUGAGGUGGUUCUCUGUGGUGUUAGCGCUGUGUCUCUCUGGGUCCGUUCUGCUGCUGACCUUCUGGCCCGCUAUCAAGGAUGAUCACAUCAGAGUUUCCAUAGCGUUUAUGUCAGCCAUCGUGGUUCUCAAUGUUCUGCUGGCCGUCGGUUUCAAGGCAUACUUCUUCAGUUCAGAGAGUCCACAUCAGCAAACCAAUAGCUCCUCUGUCGUUACGCUCGUCCAAUCCAAGCCUCAUACAUAGACCUUCCUGAACACAAACGGGCUCUCCUGUUGCCUUAUUAGAGAGACUCGGGUUGCCGUAGUGAUGGUGUCACGGGGCGUCUGGAUUUCACCUGCGACUGGUCACGCACUGGCUUUUGGCUGUUAAGGCCUGUCGUGCACAACUGGUGCCACUGCAGGCCUACUGGGCCUCUGAAAAGGAUCACGGGUUGCAAGUGUGUUAUUUAUAUUAUGAGAUGGCUUCCGAACUUUCUUAAAUAUACAUCACAGGUGUAUGAUUUUUCACACAAAAAAAGACCCAGAACUUUUUUUCAGUUUGUAGUGUUGUCAUCAGUGCUUUGGCUUCAAGGUCCUCUACAGGAUUAUAUACUUUUUUGUAUACUUUAUGAUUCUCUUGGUUGUGGUUAGUGAUCUACUGUAUUAGCGUCAAUCAUUUUACAGAUUUAUAACGUGCAAUAAGUCUGUCAAUGGCAAACAUUAAUGAUAAGCAUUGUCACGUGCAAUUUUCUUUACAAAAUGUGUAAUAAUACAUUUUAUAAAAUGUACUCUAUGGUUCCAUUGAUUUUGUUAUGAAUGUUUGGGGAGUUUCAAUAAACUCAAAUUGUAUUAAGAA